UUUGUUAUUAAUUUCAUUUAUUUUCUUGUUGCCUCUAUUAUCUUUCGCAUUAAAUCACCAAGGCGCCGCUUUUUGUAAAUUUCCAAAGCCUACAAGUACUCAAACAAUAACAAAGACAUUAACUAUAGUUAAAAAUACUGAUUUUAAAAUGAAAAGAAUUAUUUUUAAUGGCAAGAGUAAUACUUGUCGUAAAAAUAUUCCUGGAUGGACAAACAAUUGGGACCAUGCAAUUAUUGUUGAAAACGGUGUUACUAUAAGUAAUCUUAUUAUGGGGGAAUCUCCAAUAGGCACUUCUUCUGAUAUUAUUUGCAAGGGAAGUUGUACGCUCAAAAACGUUUUUUUUGAAAAUGUUUGUUGGCGUGCUGGUACCUUUAUAGGCGCAUCAAACUCAAAACCUGAAGAUAAAAGGAAAUUUACUUAUAUUGUAGAUGGUGGGGGAGCUUUAGAUGGUUUUCAGAAAAUUUUUUGCUCAGGAGGGCCAGGACAGACAAUCGUGAAGAAUUUCUGUUCUGUUAAUAACUCGAUUGGUGUUAUCUCUGCCGGCAUGACUUCAGUUCAGUAUACACGAGACGUUACUGUUGAAAACUCAAAAUUCAUGGGGCCAAUGCUUACUAUAAUUGGUAAAUCCUAA